GAGACUGCCAUGACCCAGGCAGCACUCAAUCAUGGCCUUACAAAGACUGCAAUUCCUGUAAAAUCCACCCUUCUCACUCUCAUCACCAGAUGCAAUUCCGUCAAAUCCUUCAAACAGAUUCAUGCACAGCUCCUCAUUUCUGGCUUCAUCCAAGAUAGCUCGAUCCAAUCCCAAAUCAUCGGUUUUUUCGUGAAUUCUGACGAUCUUGUGUACGCUCACGAAACUCUCAAUCAAAUCCACCAUGGCCCACAUUCUUUCCUCUUCAAUUCGCUGAUCGCCGCCUACGCCGGCAGCAAAAUGCCAGAGGCGGCGAUCUUGGUAUAUAGACGGAUGGUCGGUGGCGGAUUCACGCCAGACAUGUACACUUUUCCGGCAAUUCUGAAAUCCUGCGCGAAGGGUCGGAGGAUCGGAGAGUGUGGGCAGGUUCAUGGGAUGGCUGCGAAGAUGGGAAUUGGGUGUGAUCUCUAUGUGCAGAAUGCGCUUGUUCAUGUAUACAGUGUUUGCGGCGAUUCAGAUGGCGCAUGCAAGAUGUUCGAUGAAAUGGUUGAGAGAGAUGUGGUGUCUUGGACUGGUUUAAUUUCUGGGUAUGUGAGGAGAGGGUUGUUUGGGGAGGUGAUGGGUUUGUUUCGGAAGAUGGAUGUGGAGCCAAAUGUGGCGACUUUGGUUAGUGUUAUUGUUGCUUGCGGGCGGUUGGGGGAUUUGGAGAUGGGGAGAGUGAUGCACGGGUUGGUUUUUAAGCGGGAAUUCGGGAUGGGUUUGGUGGUUGGCAAUGCUCUUUUGGAUAUGUAUGUGAAAUGUGAGUGUUUGGAUGAGGCAAAAUGGGUUUUCGAUGAGCUCCCGAUGAGGGAUAUUGUGUCUUGGACUAGCAUGAUUAGUGGGUUAGUGCAAUGCAAACAUCCCAAGGCGGCGGUGGAUGUCUUCCGCGACAUGCAAACUUCAGGCGUGGAGCCCGACAAGGUUACGCUGGCUAGUGUGCUUUCAGCCUGCGCGAGCUUAGGGGCAUUGGAUUGUGGGAGAUGGGUCCAUGAGUACAUUGAUCGUAAGAGUGUCGAAUGGGACGCUCACAUCGGAACUGCCUUAGUUGACAUGUAUGCAAAGUGUGGGUGUAUUGAGAUGGCAUUGCGUAUUUUCUACCAUAUGAACCAUAAGAACAUCUACUCAUGGAAUGCACUGCUUGGAGGGCUAGCCAUCCAUGGCCAUGGGAAAGCAGCCCUUGAUCAUUUCAAUCGAAUGGUUAGUGACGGUACACAGCCGAAUGAGGUGACCUUCCUUGCCAUCCUAAGUGCUUGCUGUCAUUCCGGCUUAGUAGACGAUGGUCGUCAGUGGUUCAAAGAAAUGACCAGAGUCUAUAACCUCACACCAAGGAUAGAACACUACGGGUGCAUGGUUGAUUUGCUCGGACGGGCCGGGCUACUUGAUGAAGCUCAUGAUCUUAUAAAGUCCAUGCCAAUGCAAGCUGAUGUGCUGAUAUUGGGCUCAAUGCUGAGUGCAUGUAAAGCUCAUGGAGAUGUUAGGCUCUCCCAACAGAUGUUGGGCUACCUCCAUGAGCUUGAGUCUCAUGACAGUGGGGUGUAUGUGCUUCUCUCAAACACAUAUGCUAUAAAUGAUAGAUGGGAAGAAGUAGUAAGGGUGAGGAGCCUGAUGAAGGACAAAGGUAUAAGAAAAUCACCUGGGUCUAGUGUAAUAGAGGUGAAUGGCCACACCCACGAGUUUUUAGUUGGAGAUUAUUGUAAUCAUCCUCAACAAGAAGAGAUUUAUCUAAUGUUGGAUAUGCUAAUGAGAUUAGUAAAUCUUGAAGGGCAUGCUUAAGAUUUUUGAAGAUUGAAUUAUUAUUUGGAUGGGUUUUAAGAGAUCAGAUUUCAAUUAAUCAUGCUUCACCAUGUGGCAAAUAUUGUUUAAAACCAUGAGAACUGGAUUAGACUCCAAACCCAACUGAGUCGAUUGACUCAAAAACUAGUACAGGUUUCUCUGAGUUUUUUUAGAAUUAUUUUAUUUAAUAUUUAAAAGUAUAUAUAAUAUAGGGAUCUUGUGUAAACCCUUAUCUUUUGGUCCAAUUCCAUUAAACCCCCUCCCUUAUUAGUAUUUCUAAAUGACCCUAUCUUUUAGGCCAUUAGGAAAAACAAAGCCCCUAUCUUCAGUCUUUCAUAUGAACAUUGUACGAAGCAUGCGACUGCAUUUUGUAUUUGACCAAAAUGCAUGUAGUUAAUGGCUUAACUAACCUUUUUGGGGCCCACCAUUAUGUUUAUAUGUGAUCCAACUCAGUCAUAAGUUUAUUUACCCACCCAGAUGAAUGGAAAAUGCAAAAAUCAGCCAGAUUUAAAACUUCAGGUAUGAAGAAGGUUUCAAUAUCCCACCCCAUGCAAAAUCAACAUUGUUCAUCAUUUUUGCCGGUAUAUGUUAGGAUGUGAGCUCAAAAAUGAGAUAGAUUUAAGAGUCGAGUGAGCUAUACAA